ACCGCCCGGCCAGCGCCGCACCGCCGCCAGCCAUGGGGAAGAAAAAGGAGCCACCGAAGCCGACCGGCGGCCUGGAGCAGAGCGGCAUCGAGAAGCGGCUGUGCAACUGCAUCUGCCUGUGCCAGCUGAUGUCCAUCAUCUCGGGCGUGGCGCUGCUCUACCUCAGUGUGAUCGUCGUGUCGCCGGCCAAGCAGACGCUGGACGCCCAGUUCGUGGAGCCGUCGGUGGUGUGCACCACGCUGCGCGUCGAGGACGGCGACUGCGAGCUGCCCUCCUGCGGCGAGUGGUGCAUGUCCAAGGGCGGCACCAACUGCCCCAUCGUGUACGCCAAGGUGCGUCACAAGGGCACCACCGUGCGCUUCAGCCAGUGCAGCGGCAUGCAGAGCCGCUUCUGCUCGGCGCAAAAGUUCAACGAGACGCAGAGCUUCGUCUGCUCCGAGAAGGACAAAAAGGACGAUAAGCGCGGCCAGUGCGACCGGCUGAACCGCAUCAUGGACUGCCGGCCGACCAGGAUGGAGAAGAAGCUGGAGGGCCUGCGCACCAACAUGACCUCACUGUGCCGCAACAUCACCGCCAUCAAGGAGUGCGUCGGCAAGAACAGCUCCUCGUCGGCCGUCACGCCGCAGGGCAUCAUGGCGUGCUCGCAGUACACGUGCAACGACUUGAAAGGCAUCUACGAGUGCAUCAACGGCAACUGCAAAAAGUACGAGGACCCCGUCUGCACCGACCGCUGCACCUCGCUCAAGAUGGGCAACGUCGGCAUCGUGACGCCGAACCUGUUCCGCUGGGGCACCUGUGAGCAAGCCGAGGUGAACGGCACCGUCGUCUGGAACGACGAGGACAAGCCGCUCUCGCUGUACUGCUCGCGGAUGGAGGAAAACGAGUCGGGCACCGAGCUGACCGGCGAGGACUGUCUGAACGGCACGCUCGACAACCCCGACCACUUCAGCGACAUCACCAACUACACAGAGAUCCUGGCGCUGCUGGACGAGAACGCCGAACCGCUGGACGUGACGCACACGGCGCUGCCCAGCGAGCGCUCGGUGCUCAUCUCGAACGGCACCAAGGUGAUGAUUAACAUCCAGGGGUGCGUCAACACGCUGCAGAAGGAGUGCACCGCCUGGCUGGACGAAAAGUCUCGCGACGGCAACGACGGCAUGCACCCGGCCGUCUACCCGUGCUACGUGACGCCCGAGUCGACCAGCUACGUGGUGACCAACUACAACCGCAGCAAGACCGUGUUCCAGAUGGUGCUGGCCACCGUGGUGCCCAGCGCGCUGCUCAUACUCUCCUGCUGCUGCCUCGUCCUCUGCGGAAAGACGGUCGGCGUCAACGAGUUCGGACUGUUUUUCUGUAAGCCGUGUCACAAGCAAGAGGGCGACGGAGGUAAACAGCCGGCCAAGCAGAGCGCGCCGUGACAAGGAAGCCACAGCUGGACGCCCUUUGACAGAGCGCGCGGCGACCGUACCGGAGGGCCAGUGCGGGUGGCGAGUCGGACUGCCUGCUCAGCGGCCGGGACGCCUAGUCGCCGCCGCCGCCCCCGCUCAGCUGUCGCUCUGCCGAUCUGCCCGACGCCGCCCAGCAGUAGGCCGCCUGCACUCGUUCUCUCUCCGCUUUUACCCUCCCCGCCCGCUAAUGUAGUCCGCCUGUCCACUGCUUCCU